CCCCCUGCUGGCCGCCUGUCACCUGCUGCUCGCACUGUAGGAGCAGCUCCCGGAGCCGAGCGGUGGAUCUGGGUGGGGGAGGAAGUAAGUUUGGGAGUGGGACCCUGCACCUCACUACACGUGGGUAGAGAGGGCUCUCCGGAGCUCAGCAGAAGACUGGUGACUGCUGCAGCGGACAUCUCAGCUCUAACACCCGGAUAUAACAACCAGCACAACACCUGCAAGCACAGCUCAGCUAUUCCUGCAACCCUCUGCAUAUGGGCACCUGCUGAUCCAUAGACAAGCACUAUGAUCAGCAAUCUCCUGCCAACACCAGGGACCUGCACCCAUCCUGACACCUGGACCUGCUGCACAUGAUGCCCACAUAGGACCUGCCAGGUGACAUACUAUAGACUCACUAUAUUGCUGACAUCUAUUGACCCUGGGACACAGCAUCACAUUCAGCAGGAUCAUUACUGGUACCCACUGGCAUCCAGCUGUAAGUGUCGUUGCACCACGGUGCGCCCAGCGUCAUUCCCCAGGGAGCGUUGCCGGGUGGAGCAUGCCCUGAAGGUCAGGAUCAUGCAGAAAAGCGUACGCUGCAAUGAGGGGCACGCUUUGUACCUCGCCCUUGUGGCCCGCAAGGAGGGCACCAAAAGGGGCAUACUCAGCAAAAAGGCUACCGAGACCAGCAAGUGGCACGAGAAGUGGUUCGCCCUCUUCCAAAAUGUCCUGUUCUAUUUCGAGACGGAGCACAGUGGGAGACCAUCCGGGAUGUACAUGUUGGAAGGAUGCAGCUGCGAAAGGGUACCACCACCCAUAGUGGCCAGCGGGGGGAAGGAGGCCAUGGAGAAGCAGCAUUAUUUCACUGUGACCUUUGGCCACGAAGCUCAGAAGCCAUUGGAACUGAGAUGUGAGGAGGAGUCAGACCGAGAUGAGUGGGUAGAGGCCAUUCACCAAGCAAGCUAUUCAGACAUCCUGAUAGAGAGAGAGGUCUUGAUGCAGAAGUACAUUCACUUGGUUCAAAUUGUAGAAACAGAAAAAAUUGCAGCAAAUCAACUACGACAACAGCUCGAAGAUCAAGACACCGAAAUCGAGCGGCUGAAAUCAGAGAUUGUGGCCCUCAAUAAGACAAAAGAACGGAUGCGUCCUUAUCACAUCCACCACGAGGAUGAAGACCCGGAUAUCAAGAAAAUAAAGAAGGUCCAAAGUUUCAUGCGUGGUUGGCUUUGUAGAAGAAAAUGGAAGACAAUCGUGCAAGAUUAUAUAUGUUCUCCUCAUGCAGAAAGUAUGAGGAAGCGGAAUCAAAUAGUAUUCAACAUGGUGGAGGCAGAGGCAGAAUACGUUCAUCAGCUUUAUAUCCUUGUGAACUGUUUCCUCCGGCCCUUGAGGAUGGCUGCAAGCUCAAAGAAACCACCCAUCAGUCAUGAUGAUGUCAGCAGUAUAUUCCUCAACAGUGAAACCAUCAUGUUUCUCCAUGAAAUCUUUCACCAAGGACUGAAAGCAAGGAUUACUAAUUGGCCUACUUUAAUUUUAGCUGAUUUGUUUGAUAUUCUGCUGCCUAUGCUGAACAUCUACCAAGAAUUUGUACGGAAUCAUCAGUACAGUCUGCAAGUGCUGGCAAACUGUAAGCAAAACCGCGACUUUGACAAACUCCUCAAGCAAUACGAAGCCAACCCAGCAUGUGAGGGGAGGAUGCUGGAGACGUUCCUGACUUAUCCAAUGUUCCAGAUACCUCGGUACAUUAUAACUCUCCAUGAGCUUCUGGCCCAUACACCUCAUGAGCAUGUAGAGAGGAAAAGUUUAGAGUUUGCCCAGUCUAAGCUGGAGGAACUGUCAAGGGUAAUGCACGAUGAAGUCAGCGACACAGAAAACAUCCGGAAAAACCUGUCUAUUGAAAGGAUGAUUGUGGAGGGCUGCGAUAUAUUACUAGAUACAAGCCAAACAUUCGUACGCCAAGGUACUCUCAUCCAGGUCCCUUCGGUAGAGAGAGGGAAGCUAAGCAAGGUUCGCCUGGGGCCUCUGUCUUUGAAAAGAGAAGGGGAAAGGCAAUGUUUCUUAUUCACAAAACACUUCUUAAUCUGCACAAGAAGCUCAGGGGGGAAAUUACAUUUACUCAAGACAGGUGGAGUCCUGUCUCUGAUCGAAUGUACGCUGAUUGAAGAACCAGACGUCAAUGAAGAUGACUCAAAGGGGUCUGGAUAUGUGUUUGCCCACCUGGACUUCAAGAUUGUGGUGGAAUCAGUAGACGCUACACCAUUCACUGUGGUCCUGCUGGCUCCGUCACGGCAAGAAAAAGCAGCCUGGACCAGUGAUAUCAGUCAGUGUAUUGAGAAUAUAAGAUGCAAUGGUUUGAUGAGCAGUGUGUUUGAGGAGAAUUCAAAGGUGACAGUGCCACACAUGAUCAGGUCUGAUGCCAGACUGCAUAGAGACGAUGUCGAUAUAUGUUUCAGCAAAACUCUGAACUCCUGCAAGGUCCCUCAGAUCCGAUAUGCCAGUGUGGAGCGUCUUCUGGAGAGGUUGACUGACUUACGCUUCCUCAGCAUUGAUUUUCUGAACACUUUCCUGCAUACCUACAGGAUCUUUACCACCGCUUUUGUAGUGCUGGAAAAACUGGCUGAUAUUUACAAGAGACCUUUCACAUCAAUACCAGUCAGAUCUCUAGAGUUGUUCUUUGCAUCUAGCCAAAGCUUAGAUGGGAAGUCACCACAUCUCUGCCGCAAGUUUUCUUCUCCACCUCCAUUGUCCCUUUCUAGAACGUCGUCACCUGUCAGGGCAAGAAAACUGUCUCUAAACUCUCCAUUAAAUUCACGAAUUGGGGCUUUAGACUUAUCCACGUCAUCCAGCGCAAGCAGCCCAACCUCAGUGUUCAGCCCAGCAACCUCUCCGCCACCCAGCUCUGGCAAAGUUCCUCUGGACCUCAGUAAAGGACUCUCCUCACCAGAACAAAGCCCAGGAUGCAUUGAUGAAAACUCAGAGAACCCACGCAUUGAUUUGUGUAACAAGCUACGAAGGAGCAUUCAUAGAGCCGCUGUACUGGAAUCGGCAUCGCUAGAUAGGACCAUUCCUGAGAGUAAUGCAUCUACGGACACAGCUGAGAAUUCUCCCUGUCGAUCUCCAUCAACUCCACGUCACCUCCGAUACCGUCCAGCAGGAGUGCAGACUUCUGACACUUCUCGCUGUUGCUCCGUCUCUCCUGCCUCAGCCUUUGCCAUUGCUACUGCUGCCGCUGGACAUGGGAGCCCACCAGGUUUCAACAAUAUGGAAAGGAUGUGUGACAAAGAGUUCAUAAUACGCAGGGCAGCUACAAACCGGGUAUUGAAUGUUCUUCGUCACUGGGUGUCUAAGCAUUCACAGGAUUUUGAAUUGUGCCAUGAAGUGAAAAUGAAUGUAAUGAACUUGUUGGAAGAUGUUUUACGUGACCCUGAUCUCCUACCCCAGGAAAGGAAAGCAGCCAGCAACAUACUAAGUGCCCUUUCUCAGGAAGAACUAGAUGACUGCCACUUGAUAAUGGAGGACAUCAGUGCCAUGACUGAAGGUCCCCCAACAGAAUGUCUGGAUACGUUGUCAGCAAUGGAACUGGCAGAGCAAAUCACACUUUUGGACCACAUAGUGUUUAGGAGCAUACCAUAUCAGGAAUUUCUUGGCCAGGGGUGGAUGAAACCAGAUAAAAGCGGGAGGACACCAUUUAUAAUGAAAACCAGCCAACAUUUCAAUGAUAUGAGUAACCUUGUUGCCUCAGAAAUAAUGAGUCACUCUGAUAUCACCUCUAGAGCUAGCUCCAUUGAGAAGUGGGUGGUGGUGGCUGAUAUCUGCCGCUGCAUGCACAACUACAACGGGGUGCUGGAGAUCACCUCAGCCUUGAACAGAAGUGCAAUCUACAGGCUGAAGAAAACUUGGGCCAAAGUUUCUAAACAAACUAAAGCUCUUAUGGACAAACUUCAGAAGACUGUCUCAUCGGAAGGGAGAUUCAAAAAUCUUAGAGAAACUCUUAAAAACUGUAACCCUCCUUCUGUACCCUACCUGGGAAUGUACCUAACCGACUUGGCAUUCAUUGAAGAGGGCACACCAAACUUCACUGAAGAAGGCCUUGUAAAUUUUUCUAAGAUGCGAAUGAUAUCACAUAUUAUUCGAGAAAUUCGCCAGUUCCAGCAGACUCCGUACAGGAUAGAACACCAGCCUAAGGUCAUUCAGUUCCUCUUGGACAAGUCGGGGGUCUUGGAUGAAGAUACUCUCUAUGAAUUAUCCUUAAGAAUUGAACCAAGGCUCCCAGCAUGAAAAGAUUUAAUGUGUGUGUCUCGAGGCAACACACAUUUCACAUCAUAAACCGAAUUAUGCAUGCCGUGCCUAGCAGAGAGCAGAACGACACCCUUUCAAUGAAAGCAGACAAUGCCGCUGGUGCUUUAUAGCAAGCAUGAGAGAACGGAACUAAAACAAGAAUGUGUGCGGGCAUUGUGCUAGUCAGAUAUGUAUGCUGUAAGAAGAAACAACAAUGAAAAGCAAUGCUGACGUCACUGCGACAGCUUGAAUAUCUACAAAGUACAAGGUGUUUGAGACUGGAGACCUAAGAAGAGAGAAAAGAAGAGUAUGGAGUGAAUCGCCUUUAAUGUGAAAAUUUCACUGUGUGCUAAGGUAUCAGAGCGCAUCCAAAGGGGAGAGUCGUGACUAGUCAAGUGACACUGUCCUUACUGUAAUGAAUUGCAGUGUAAUGUGCAAAUAACAAGGCUAAAUCUUUGCAUGGAGAAGUAUAUUAUCCUAAUGUCAUAAUGAAGAGACAAUGAUAGGAAGUGGCGUUUCAGUUUCUGUGUUCACAAGCACGUAAUUUAUAACCCGCAUCUCCAGAAAAGCUAAAGAGACACAUUUCAUCAUUUUCAGGCUUUUAACGUCCUGUAAAAAAAAGUGAUAUGAGCCGCCGGUUUUCUCUGUGUUUUAUUAUUCAUUUUACACCAUGUUUCUAAGCACUAAACAUCUCAGACCAGCUGCAAACCGCACUAUCAUUUUCUACUGGCUCUACUACUGACACUGUGGGUAUUGUAGAUAACUGCACUGCCUGGCAAACAGAUAUUUAACAGUGGGUUUUGUCUUUUAUUCCUUAUUUUGAUGACUAUUGAUGCAUUUCUAUAGUUGUUUCCCCUAUAGAGCAUAUCAUGUUUUGCUAUUUUUUGUUCUUUUCAGGAGCUGCUGUUUAUUAUUUUGUGGCAAAAUUAAUUUACCGUACUUAUUAUUAUUUAAUUAUUUUUUUUUUGCUUGCGCCAGGAAUGUAUAGCCGAAUAAUCUGUACAGCCCAAAUAGAUAGUCAGACAUUAUUUUUAUGAAGUGUUUUGGAGAUAUUGGGCAUCAGUGGAGCGAAACUAAACAUCAAGAUAACAUGUACAUUGCAACUUCACGUCACACAAAAAAAGAAAGCAAAUAUCAAUGGGAAAUUUGUAAAUAUGCCAUAAAGUUGCCGUAUUUUAUGUUAAGAAGAAGAGUGCACUGCAACACGUUGCAAGAAAUGCCUUGUAAAUUAGAGGCUGGAGACCACAGGGAGAAUCCUUGGCUUGUUUCCCAUAAUAAAUUUACCUAUAAUAUGAAUGUGAACAGAUUAUUUCAUUUAUUAAACAUAAAUGUGAAGUGCAUGGAAUCACGAGUAU